ACUUGACAAUUUACUCUAUUCAAAUUCAAAUUUUAAAUUUUUCAAAUUAUUUAAACAAAUAGAAAUAAAAUAAUUUAUAUUUAUUUAUCAGAGGUAAAAUACAUACGUGUCGUAGUUCACUGGAAGACUAGUGGAGACAUCACACAAUACAAGGGCUAAAAAUAUUCAGAUCUAAACCAACAAAAUUUUGUUCGCUGUCUGACGCAAGCAUUUUUAUAAAAAAUUACAACAAAUCAUCGGCUGAAAAUUAAUAAUGACUGAAGUAAUUAACGGAGUUGAAAAUCUUGAGAUUAAGGGUGAAAAGACCAAGAUGAAAGCCAAGAAGGAGAAGAUUGCAGAGAAGAGUAAUCUUUCGGAGCUCAAUCCAUGGCCGUCAUUUAUUCAGGAUCGAAUAAAGAUGUGGGAUGAACUAAAAGCCAAGUAUGAAGAAGAACUAGCAUCGAAACCAGUAAAAGACAUAACAGUAACUCUUCCUGAUGGUAAGCAAGUUAAUGGGCAGUCAUGGCGCACUACUCCGUAUGAUGUAGCCAAAGGAAUAAGUCAAGGCUUAGCUGACAACACGGUUAUAGCGAAAGUUAACAAUGAAUUGUGGGAUCUGGACAGACCACUGGAGGGUGAUUGUAAGCUGGAGUUAUUAAAGUUUGAUAGCCCAGAUGGUCAGCAAGUAUUUUGGCAUUCAAGUGCUCAUAUAUUGGGCGAAGCUAUGGAACGUGUUUAUGGUGGUUGUCUUUGCUAUGGUCCGCCAAUCGAGAAUGGAUUUUACUAUGACAUGCAUCUUGGAGAUAAAGGAAUAUCAAACCUUGAUUUUCCGUACUUGGAGUCAUUGUACAAAAAUAUUGUAAAGGAGAAGCAGCCUUUUGAACGUUUGGAGAUGAAGAAAGAGGAUUUGUUGAAGAUGUUUGAGUACAAUGAAUUCAAAGUGAGGAUACUGAAGGAAAAAGUUCAGACUCCGACGACGACGGUCUACAGAUGUGGGCCACUUAUUGAUUUGUGUCGAGGUCCUCAUAUCAGACACACGGGCAAAGUUAAAGCUAUUAAAGUCACUAAGAACUCAUCAACUUACUGGGAAGGUAACGCAAAUGCAGAGACUCUUCAACGUCUUUAUGGUAUCAGUUUUCCUGAUCCGAAGCAGAUGAAAGAGUGGGAAAAAUUCCAAGAGGAAGCUGCCAAGAGAGAUCAUCGUAAGAUCGGUAAAGAGCAAGAAUUGUUUUUCUUCCAUGAACUGUCACCGGGUUCGUGUUUCUUCCAGCCUCGGGGUGCUCAUAUUUACAAUACUCUUAUUGAAUUCAUAAGAUCCGAGUACAAGAAACGCGGCUUCCAAGAAGUCGUUACCCCUAAUAUAUACAACAGCAAACUGUGGCAGACUUCUGGACACUGGGAGCACUAUGCUGACAAUAUGUUUUCCUUUGAAGUAGAGAAGGAGACAUUCGCAUUGAAGCCAAUGAACUGUCCAGGUCACUGUAUGAUUUUCGAUGUCCGUAAUCGUUCGUGGAGGGAGCUUCCACUGCGAUUGGCUGACUUCGGUGUUCUCCAUCGUAAUGAACUGUCUGGAGCUCUUACAGGACUCACCAGAGUCCGCAGAUUCCAGCAAGACGACGCGCAUAUCUUCUGCACGCAUGAUCAAAUCAGAGACGAAGUUCUUGGAGCCCUUGAAUUCUUGCGAUGUGUCUACUCGGUCUUCGGGUUUUCUUUCAAUCUGUGCUUGUCUACACGUCCAGAGAAAUAUCUGGGAGACAUUAAGGUUUGGGAUCAAGCUGAGAAAGCUUUGUCUGAUAGUUUGGAUACUUUUGGAGAAUCCUGGACUAUCAAUCCCCAAGACGGUGCAUUUUAUGGACCGAAAAUUGAUAUUACCAUCAUGGAUGCUUUGAAGAGACCCCAUCAGUGUGCUACGAUUCAACUGGAUUUCCAACUGCCUAUUCGUUUUGAUUUGUCUUACAUCAAUGAAAAGGGAGAGAAGACCAAGCCAGUAAUAAUUCACAGAGCGAUUCUUGGUUCUGUUGAACGAAUGAUUGCCAUCCUUACUGAAAGUUACGCCGGAAAAUGGCCAUUCUGGUUGUCACCUAGACAAGUUAUGGUCGUUCCAGUUGGUCCUCAACUCGAUGACUAUGCCAAUGAAGUAAAAGAGAAGAUCUGGGACGCUGGAUUCAUGACCGAAGUUGAUGUCGAUCAUAGCGAUACGAUGAACAAAAAGAUCCGUAACUCUCAAUUGGCGCAAUUUAAUUUUAUUCUCGUUGUCGGAGAAAAAGAACGCGCUGCUGGUACAGUCAAUGUCAGAACGAGAGACAACAAGAUUCAUGGUGAAAUAUCAAUUGAUGAUCUUAUUAAAAAGUUUACAACUUUCAAGGAAACAAAAGACCCCCACUGUGAAGAUCAUUUUUAAAAUAUUCUUAUAUUUAUUUUAUAGGAUAUUUUGAUUACUUACACUAGGGUAUAAUGACAACAUGAUUUAUUUAUUUUAUGCAUUUUCAAUAUUCUUGACACAUUGUUGAGUUAAUAUUGUAUAGAAAUACUUUUUCAUUAUUCACAAUUUAAAUACAAAUAAAUUUUCCGCUUAAAACAAA